UCGGUAAACGUCCGGGUGAUUCUGGUCACUGGGCUUUAAGCAGUGUUUUGAAUAGAGAGCUGCUUCUCAGCUGAGUUCAAGCAGCAUGGCAGAGGAGGCAGACACCGGUGUAUCUUUACGGGCGGAAAGAAAAGCUUUGGAAAAAGCCAAAAUACUCCAACGAGAGAGCGAGAGGAGAACUUUCAGACUGGUAGGGCGGGUCCUGAAGAAACCGGAGGCUGAGCGGUCUGAGGAGGAGGCCGCUGUGUUACUGCUGCACAGAGAGACUGUGGAGGAGCUCUGCAGGAGACAAGUCCGCAGCACUGUGCUCAAGAGGAAGCAGGAGGAGGUGUUUGAUGAUGCCGAUCAGCUGAGAAAUAAAGUCAGACAGCUCGCUGAUGCAGUCAAACAAGCUAAACACCUGGUGGUUUACACUGGAGCCGGUAUCAGUACGGCAGCUUCCAUCCCAGACUACAGGGGUCCUAACGGGGUGUGGACACAGCUGCAGAAGGGCCGGACAGUCAGCUCGUCUGACCUGAGUAAAGCUGAGCCGACCGUCACACACAUGUGCAUAAAGAUGCUUCAUAAGGAAACACUGGUGAAGCAUGUUGUUUCUCAAAACUGCGAUGGACUCCACUUGCGUAGCGGACUGUCCAGACAAGCUCUGUCUGAGCUUCAUGGAAACAUGUUUAUCGAGGUGUGUACAUCCUGUUCUCCAGUCAGAGAGUGUGUGCGUUUGUUCGACGUGACAGAGCGGACAUCGCUGCACAGACACGGUACAGGUCGCAGGUGCAGCCACUGUGGAAGCGAACUCAGGGACACCAUAGUCCACUUCGGAGAACGUGGGACACUGGAGCAACCUCUCAACUGGAAGGGAGCUGCAGAGGCUGCCAACAUGGCCGACGUUAUUCUCUGCUUAGGCUCCAGUCUAAAGGUGCUGAAGAAAUAUGCCUGUCUGUGGAGCAUGAACAGACCAGCAAACAGAAGGCCAAAACUCUACAUUGUCAACCUCCAGUGGACUCCAAAAGAUGAUCUGGCUGUACUGAAAAUAAAUGGCAAAUGCGAUGAUGUCAUGAGGCUGCUAAUGGAGGAGCUGAGCAUACAGAUUCCUGUGUAUGACCGACUGGAGGACCCAAUCUUCAGUCUAGCCACUCCUUUGCUGCCAGAAGAGGAUGACAGCCGCACUCGUGAGGUCAUAGCGCCCCCUAAUGGGCAGGAGGAGAGCUUACCUGACUGCAGGAAGCAGGCAGAGGAAGCCACAGCUGUACAGGGCGGCUGGUUUGGACGAGGCUAUCGCAAAGGAAGGAAGAAGAAAAAAGCUGCAUAGGCUUAAAGACACAUUGGAUGACGUAUGCAAAGAGAUCAAUCCCAACAGUGGAUUACUAUUUCAGUCCUAUAAUGAGGAUGAAUUUGACUCCAGGGUGCUGAUAUGCCUCUGGUUCAUUUAGCCAAAUGGAGUGUGUGUGUGUGUGUGUGUGUGUGUGUGUGUGUGUGUGUGUGUGUGUGUGUGUGUGUGUGUGUGUGUGUGUGUGUGUGUGUGUGUG